AUGUCCCCUCCGCGCCGUCGCUCAGCUCGGCUGGCCGGUGCCACUGCUUCCAAGACCAAAGCCGCAGCGCCUACCCUGUCGUCCGUCGCCGAACAGGCUGAAUCCCCUCAGCGUUCCCCGCCGAAGAAGAAGAAUGCCGCGCUAUCGUCGCCCGCCCCCGUGCCGUCGACGCCUACCUCCUCGGCGGUGAAGCCUCCUCACGAUGAAAUGCACCCCAGCAAAGCUCACCAGACCAUGGGUGAGCCCUCGUCGGCCCUGAGACUGGGAUUCGAGGAUAUCAAGGACAACGGCCCCAAUGCCCAACCCGACACGCCGUCGAAGGCCGCUGGAUCAGCUUCCCCUUUCAAGUUCCGAUACGUACGCGAAGGUCUCGAGUCCGAACUGAGUGACGAUGCUCAGCAAUUGCUGGCGGGGCUCAAGGAGCAAACUGCAAAGUUCAAGGCCGACCUGGUUGCCCAACGAGAGGCGGAGGCCACCGAGACUGAUGCUUUCGGGCGCAAGAUUGCCAAGCCCAGAGGAAAAUCUGGACGCUUCAGCGCGGCCCAUAUGGCAGAGUUCAAGAAGAUGGACUCGAUCGAGAACCACCCCUCUGCCUGGAGAGCCCAGAACGGACGUUUCCAGCCUGUCGUGUCUCUCAAGCGAACACACUCCAAGACCAACCUGAACACGACCCCGACUAACUCUCCGGGCAAGUCUGGUCUGAAGCGUUCGCCCUCAAAGGCAGAGCUUGAUGUACCCACACCAGCCACGCCUCGCAUGACCCAGGCCAUCAAGCGCAAGUCCUCUCGAGCUGACCUUGACGAGUUCCAACGGUCCCCAUCACCCAAGAAGUCUGCUAUCCCCAGGCAGACCCAGCUGUACCCCAACGUCCAACAACGCGUCCCUUCGAAGAGAUUCAAGCAGCGCAUGGAGGACGACGCGUCGACAGAUCGACCAGUCUCGCGUGAUGAUUCGUCUAUUCCUCGACCUAAGUCUAGUGGAAACGGCGCGUCCAAGUUGCCAGCUCCAGCUCCAGCUCCAGCUCCAAAUGCAGGCCUGGCACGGCUGAUGAGCCCAACCAAGGCUUCUCUCGCCCAUACGGGCAAGCCAACCAUCUCCCUAGUGAAGUCGCCCUCAAAGUCUGAUCUCAAGAGUGGCCUCCCCAAGUCUAUCAGUACCCAAACACUUACUUCUCCUGCAAAGACAACUACUCCUGGAACCCGCGUCUUCAGCUCAGGUCGACUUGAGAGAGUCAAGUCCUUUAUGAGAGGAAACAGGACUCCCUCUGGAAAUGCUCAGACUGCGAUCCCACAGCCCAUGAUAUCUCAGACCCCUGCACCUCCCAAGGCUGACAAGGACAAGGCUUUGCCACCAGUUCCGCUGACUACCCCUCGACGGAAGGUAACGAAGCAUGUCGCUUUCACCCCAGAGGUCUCACGCAUUUCGACCGAGCAGAGCUCUCCUUCUCCCCAGAAGUCUUCGUUCAAGACUCGGCUGACACGAAACCUGGGAGUGACGUUCCAGGGUCUUGACGAGGCGAUUACUAAGACCGACUCAGGCGAUGUUAGAUAUCCUGAUCUUUCUGGAUUCCGACCUCUGCCUGAGCCUCCCAAGCCUCAGCUCCAGGCUCCAUCCGUCCCUGGCAAGUUCACCUUCCGCAGUGAUCAUACCAUCGAGUUUGGAGAGACACCUGCUGCUGGCUUUGGAGCUUCGCCUGGCCAAUCGAGCGUUCGCCAUGUCCGACAGUCCCUCAAGCCUAACACGGAGAUGCCUGGUAGCUUCCCUGGGUCCACCGCCCCUGUUUCCCUGGCGAACAAGGAGAACAAUGAGCCUGGUCCUACCAAGCUUCUUGUUGGAGCUCCUCACGGCAUGUCCAACAAGAAGCGCCACCGGGCCAGUUGGGACGAGGAAGAGGCCGAGGAGAAGGAAGCAGAACGCGCAGCCAAGAAGCGCAAGAACGAGCACGUCCCCGAGGGUGAGGCUCUUCUCGCUCCUCGCCUCCUUGGCAGCACCCCUAGUGCAAAGAAGACCAGAGCUGGCAGCGCGGUUCCCCGAACUCCUAACACGGCAACCCCAUCCAAGAAGCGUGCCGUUCUGAGUCUGAGCCGACUCAACAUGCUCGCUCGCCCUAAGAACCGGGUCUAG